AUGGAGUUCAACGAAGCUUGGCUUAACCUCGAAAAUAGCCCCAACUACACUUGCACCCAAAAUCUUCAACUUUGCUACGAUUGUACGGCGGUGAGCGGUUUUUGUGAAUUUUUGUGUCCUCUAUGAAAUUUGCUACCUAUGGAACUUUUUCUCCUUUAUUUACGGCUUCCCUAAAUACGGUGACCUAGAUUUACAAAUCUUUCGUUAAAAAUCAAACUGUGAAGCUUGAAUAAACGAGAAGACUGCGAAGAAGAGAAGAAGGCCUAGUUUUCCAAACAUCCUGACCGGUUUUUCCAAACCUUUUGUGAGAAAUUUCUACAUACAAAUGACCUUAUAAGACUAAAAAUGAUGAAAACCCGUGACCUAAUUUUCCAAAUCCUUCAACUAAAAAUCCGAAAAGUGAAGCUUGAAUAACAGGAAAGACUGCGGCCGGAGGAGGCCUAGUUUUCCAAAGUUCCUGACUCGAGGCUUGUUUUCCUAAAUUGUCUUUGCCAAAUUUCUACAAAAGAUGACCUUAUAAGACUAAAAAUGAUGGAAACCGUGGCCUAAUUUUCUAAACAUUUUAACCAAACGCAUAAAAAUCCGAAACGUGGAGUUUAGAAUAACAGAAAAAACUACGGCUGAAGAAGGCCUAGUUUUCCAAACUUGCUGACCGGGUUUCCCUAAUUUAAUGUGUCAAAUUUCUACAAAAAAGACUAAAAAGGAUGGAAACCGUGGCCUAAUUUUCUAAACAUUUUAACCAAACGCAUAAAAAUCCGAAACGUGGAGUUUGAAUAACAGAAAAAACUACGGCUGAAGAAGGCGUAGUUUUCCAAACUCGCUGACCGGGUUUCCCUGAUUUUCUGUGUCAAAUUUCUACAAAAAAAGACUAAAAAGGAUGGAAACCGGUGACCUAAUUUUCCAAAUACUUCAACCAGUGCAUAAAAUUCCGAAACGUGGAGCUUGAAUAACAGGAAAGACUGCGGUGGAGGAAGGCCUAGUUUUCCAAACUUCCUGACUUGAGGCCGAGUUCUACAAAUUUGUGCUUACUUCCAAACCUUAGUCUCAAAAAAAAGUUUUGUUUAAAAAAUUUUUCAUUCUUGAUUUAAAAAAAAUUAUUUUUGGCAAUUCUGAAUCAAAUUUUUCUCCGAAAAUGUGAAUUUAACAUCUUCAAAUGGUUCUUUUACUUUUUCUCAGAUAAAAAAAGGCUGAAAUCUUCUAUUUUCAGGCCCUGAUCGCCGUUUCACUGAUCCUUCUGAUAACCAACAUCGCCACGCUAUUUUUCUUCAAUCGAUCUGUCGUCCUUCAAAAAUUCCACACUUUCAUCCCACUUCGCUCACAAAAUGAUGAAGAAGAAGCGGAUCGAGGAAAUUUUACCAAUUUCGAUUGAUUUUUUUAAAAUGAAUGUUUUGCUCAAGUCGUUCCACUGCACGGAAAAAUCUUUUCUCCCUCAGAACUUCCUCUUUUUUUCAGGAAAAAAGAGCAAACGAACGGCCCACGUGGUCGGCCGCUACGUAAAUAUCUGCUCCUCGUUUUUGAGUUUUUUUGGUUUUUUGAUUUUGUGGAGGUCAAAGUAGAGGUGAACUUUGGUCCACUUGAAAAAAAAGUUUCGAGAAAAAAAUACUUAAAAAAAGGCUUGUAAAAUAGUCUAAAACCAAAAAUUAAACUAAAAAAACAAAUCUUUGAAAAAAAUGGCCGUAAAAAGCCUCCUUUCUUUCAUUUUCUUCAUUUUCCCCGUUUAUUUUGCGGUUUUAGUCAUCUUUGCAUUUCUGAGCGACAUCUCAAUAUUAAAAUCGUAAAUUUGAGUGAUGAAUCUGAAAAAAGUAAGAAGAGAAACAGAAGUUUAAAAAUUGCUCAUAUUUUUGCAUUUAUUCCCCACGAAAAUUGAGCCAUAUUCAACGAGAAUAAAUGAAAUUCACUAAAAAUGGAAUGUAUAGCUGCUUUAGGCGCAUGAAAUGCGUAAUCAGAACUUAUGAAGAUUGAAAAAUAAAAGAAAAUACAUUAAAAAAGUCAAAAAAUACGCUGAUCGACUUUCGGGGUCUUGAUUGGAAUCGGUACAUUUUGGCUGCUUAGCCUGCGCCUUUAAUAGCGGAUUAUUUCGAGCCGAAAAUCUUGCCUUUUUUAUUUCUCACAAACGAAUUUUAUUCAAAUUCCGAGUCUUAGACGUUCAAAAGUUUUCCCACGGUUUACGGCACAAAGACGGUUUUUUUUUCUCCGUCUCUUUGUUUAGUUGUAAACGGUGGGAUGGGAAAAUCUGUCUGCAAAUUUGAAUUUUCGAUAUUUUGAUGCCGAAUUGAUUCUAGAAAUAGCCAAAAUUAAACAAAAUCAUUUGAUAUUGAAAAAAAAUGGAUUUUGUUUAUAUACCCCUCGUUUUGAGCAAUAGUUUUGUCAGUUUUGUUCAAUUUAUAGUUGUUUCGGUUAUUUAAUAUUUUUCCGGAUUCAGCUGAAUUUUUUUCGUUUUAAACACAUUUCUAUUUAAUUUUUUUCUCGCCAUUUCAGAUUGUUCAGCCAAACAGACGGCCUUUUUUUCUGUUCUUGUGACGCCAGAGGUCACGUUUCUCGUAUUCGAGUCUAGGAAUGCGGAAAAUAAGCUUCAGGUCGUGAAUUUUGUCGAGACACACGUUUUUUUGAAAGGUUUACGUCAUUUCUUGUCAAUCUUUUGGGGAAUUUUUCGCAGAAACGAUCAAAAAUAAUAGGAAAUUCCAAUAGGAAAAAAUUUCGGAUUUUAUAAAUUUAUUUGAUUUUGCUGUACAUAUAUUAUUUUGUAAUUGCAAAAAGAAGAACUGUUCCACUUAAGGGAUCACUUCCGACUCACUAGUGACCCCUAAAGAUUUCUGGAAGGUCGGAGAGCGCGAAAUACUAAAUUUCUGGAGUGAAAACUUCAAAAUACAUUUUUCAAUAAGGCCUUUACAUCCAAUUGAUCAAAAUGCUCAACAAGUUCAACUUUUUUACCUCUUUUUGAAAGAAGGAAAGGUAGAAAAAUAUUUUUAGGCUCUGAAUCCAAGAAGGUUCUCAGAAAACCUCGUUUCGUGGAGAACUACAUUUCCGACCAUUCAAAACUGGAAUCUUAGAGUGGUCCCUAUGGGGUUUAGGGUGAAAAACAGCCCGAAAAAGAGGUCCCUAUAGGGUUCAAUCAAGGCGAUUACUAUAGGGGUUCAGGGUCUGACCCUUUUAGCCCUCAAAGCUUGAGUGGUCCCUAUAGGGAUCGUCCAAAGUGGCCCCUAGAGGACCCUCCAAGGGUAGGGGCUCUAUAGGGGCCACUCUGGAGCUCCUAAGAAGGUCAAAAUGAUCAACAAGAAGGACAUUUUUUUACCCUUUUUUCUGAGAAAAGGAAGGUAAAUACUCCACUUUUUGGGUCGAACCCAACUCAACUCAGGAAAAGCAGCUUGUUGACUGGAAAAAAUUUUCAAAUUUCAUUUUUGCUGGAUUUUGCAAUGGAGCGCCAUUUCACUAGAACUUUCAAAUUGAUAACUUUGAUCUGAUUUUUUCGGUUUUACCUCAUUUUGCGCUUAUAAAUACGCUCAUAGGCCUUGUAAUCUAGUUCAAGGUUUGUAUUUUAAAAAACAUUUGAUUUCAUAGAAUUUCUAAAAUAUCAACAAGGACCUUUUUAACCUUUCUUUUUAGAAAAAAUAGGUAAAUAAACAAAUGCUUUUCUACUUACGAAAAGGUCUUUCGAUAUCCAAAAGAUCAAAAUGAUCAACAAAAAGGACCUUUUUUCACUCUCUUACUGAGAAAAGGAAGGUAAAUACUCUACUCUGUGGGUCGGACUCAACUCAGGAAAAACAGCCCUGGUGGCUGCUCGUCUGCGCUCUCGGACCACGUGUCGACGACGUCGGAGCAGCUCCACCUCCUCUGACUCUCUCGCGCCCCCCAAACAUCACAUGGGCGACGGAGCUCCCGCCAAAACAGCCGCCACCGCCUCUCUCCUCCCCUCCAGCCAGUCCUUUCUCUGCUCCCUCUCCCACUCGUCCGCUCUCUAG